AUGACGCCAGCCCUGAUCUCGCUGCUACUCCUCUCAACGCCCAUCGCAGCCGACGACUCCGGCGCAACAACAGGCUGGGUGACAGAGCCCGACGGCCGCGGCACAUUCGGUCUCAUCUGCUCGUGCGUCCUCACGCUGACGAUAUGCGUCUGGACCGCGCUCCAUCUCAACGUGCCCGCCGCCCGUUCCACGGUCCGUAGCCGGGCUCUCGAACGGGCCAAGUGGGUCUUGUACGGCGUCUUCGCGCCGGAGAUUGUCGUCGCGACGGCGGCGGCGCAGUAUAUCGUCGCACGCUGGCUGAAGAGGGAGAUUGAAAAGGAUGCUGCGCAUAGAGGUGACGGUAAAGAAGGGAAGGAGGGUCUUUCUCGACACACGUGGGAUAUGACGCAGUGUUUCUACGCCGUCAUGGGCGGGUUCGUUGUCGACCGGGCGUGCUAUGGCGAAGAAGCCGGUGUUGAGAGGGUCACAAUUACACCAGAGGGGAUCCGACUGCUUUCGUUCAUAGGAAAGCUACCCCAGAUUCACGAGUCGCAGAUCCAGGACAAGAGCAAGGCCGACUGGAUGGCCAAAUCGCUCGUGUGUAUCCAGGCUGGGUGGAUGGUGGCGCAGGUCAUCGGCCGGGUUAUUGAACGUCUCCCGGUGUCGCUGCUUGAGAUUAACACCUGCGGACACGUCGCUUGCGCAGUUCUUUUGUAUCUUUUGUGGUGGAGCAAGCCCCUUGACGUGCUCGAUCCGACAGUGCUGGCUGACGGGCACGGUUAUGUUGUCUCGCUCAUGUCUGCGUGUUCAUCCAUCAGCGCGGUCAAUGGAGUUACUGAUAUCCGGUGCUUCAUAUACCUACCCUCCGGAUCCGUUGAGGGGCCCGGCACUGCGGCAACAGGGGACAACUCAGUGAAGGAUACAAGACUCCUCAUUACAACUCACUUAUCCAUCGGGUCGCCUGGCGCAAUGGACCCCUCCAGGUUUCUUGGGUUUGAUGUUAGCGAUCUCAGACCUCGUCCGACACCAAUGACUCUCGACUCUCGCAAACGUAGCGUGCCUCGUUCCGGAUGGCAGUAUCACAUCGACAAAGGGAAACCGACAGUAGCGCCCGAGUGCCUGCGGACAUACUUUGCACCCCCAUACGACAACCUCGCGCUGCGGCACAGCGGCAUCUAUUGUAGAAGGGUAUUCUCGGAUGUUCAGCAUAGCAAGGAGACCUACAAACCUAUCCACCCGUCUGUACUGGCGCAGAUUGCAAAGGCCGCUGAAAGUCUAUGGGACCAGUGCGCCGGCCGUCAGACGUAUGCACCGUACUACUUCACGAACGUGCCUGAAAUUGGCGUGUUCCUUGGCGAGACAGAUUACAUUAUGCCGCACAUUGUCAAUCUACCAUCCCUGACGAACCUGGGGCUAGGACAGGUCAACGUGCAUCGUGAUGUACUGCGUUCCGUGUUGGCGAUGACGGCGGCAGCCUACGGCGGACUCCAUCUCUCAGGUUGGACCGACCAUUUCCCUACCACGGUAGAGCGCACGCUGUGGUUAGUCGCGUCACUGAUCAUAGCGUGUUCGGGCAUAAUGCUCUGGGUCUUCUUCCUCGCCCGGCAAGCCUGGCCGCGAUUCGAUGUCUUCGUGUCCGGUGCAGCACCGGGGACACGUCUGUCAGGCAUGUCGUACCAGAAACCCUGGAUGAAAAUGGUGAAAUCAUGGGUUCUUGUAUUUAUAUUGGUUGUGUUUGCUGUGGCAAGAGUAUUUCUGGUUGUUGAGGCUUUCAUCAGUCUCCGGGAAGCGCCUGCGGGCUUAUACAAGACGCCAGAGCUGUCUGACUUCUUUCCUCAUUUUCAAUAA